AUGGCAAAACUGUACAAGAAAGAUGCAAGCCCACCAGCUAGAACGGUUAUGAUUGCUUCCUAUAUAUUAGGAGUUCCUUACGAUCCUCAAGAAUUAAAUCCAUUAUUACGGGAACAAGACACUCCGGAAAUGUUUAAGAAAAACCCUAUGAAGACUAUACCUUUAUGGGAAGAAGAUAAUUUCUGCUUAGCUGAUAGCCAUGCUAUAAUUCUCUACCUGUUUGAUAAAUAUGCUAAGCCAGAGCAUGAACAUUUAUAUCCUAGAGACAAAAGAAUAAGAGCUACUAUUAAUCAUAGAUUAUUCUUUGAUUGUGGCAUUUUAUUUCCAAGAUUAAGAUCUAUAAUGGGGCCAACAUAUACUGGAAAAUUGACAAAGUUAUCAAAAUCAAUGAUAAGGAAUUUGGAAAGUGCCUAUGAAAUUCUAGAGAAGUACCUUGAAAAGACCAUAUACUUAGCUGACAAUGUUAUGACACUGGCUGACAUAAGCAUAUUUACAACUAUGUCUACUCUUAAUGGUUUACAUCCUAUCGACAGUAAUAGAUAUCCAAAACUAAAAAGGUGGUUUAAUGUCAUGUGUGCUGAAAAAUUUAGUCAAGAAAUUAAUGAGCCAGGUGCCAAAGAACAUGUGGAGGGACUUUUAGCUUUUAUGAAAAACAAUUUGAAUAAAUCAAAACUUUAG